AUGAGUUCGUUAGGACCUUUGUUAGUGAUAAUUUUGGUUUUUAUAAUUGGAAUUGUUUGGUACUUUAUUCAUUUGAUUGCAUAAGUAAGAAUGACAUUUCUAGAAUUAGGGUUUCCCAUCUCAUUAUAAAGAUGAGUAGUCCUUUUUAAGUGAUCAAUUGAAAGGAUUAUUGGGAGUGGAUGAUAUAUAACGAAAUUCUUAUAGACCUUCAGUGGAACCAAUAUAUAUUUCAAGUAUUGUAGACUUUAUUGAAACUUCUAUUAAGAGAUUAUGGCUUGGUUAGUUGUUAUACAUGCUUUUACUUUUAUUUCUAUUUUUCAUAGUCGUUGGAGUUUUCUUUAUAGAACAUCCAUUCUAAUUCAUAUUUAAUACAAUUGUAGGGGCUAUAACAGUGGUGUUAUUUUCACAUUUAAUCAUUUUGACGACUGGAAAAGGUUUAACCCGUGCAUUGAUAUCGGUAUUAAAGUAAAUUUAAAAAGGCAUCAUUCUGUAGAGAAGAUUGUUAUAGUUACAUGUAUUCAUCUGGUUUUGCGAUGUUGAGUUUACUUUUAAGUUUAUUUUUGGGAAUGUAUGUGUUGAUGUAUUUCUUUAACAUUGCAGUUUGGGGAGGUGAUUUAAAAUAAAAAGAAUAUGAAAAUAUAUCAAUAUUAAUGAUUGGAUAUCUAAUGGGAUUACUUUUAGGAGGAUUUAUAUAUAGAGAAGGAUUAUCAUUGAUGAGUAGAUCAUUUAAAACUGCAACUAUUGGACUAAUAAAAUCUGAUGUAAAUUUAAGUAUUGGAAAUUCUAAUAUCUCUUAAUUAACUAGAUUGGCUUAUAUGGUUUCAUAGUAAGCAGGAAAUACUCUUGUAAAUUACAUAGAUACUGGAUUAAUAUUAGUAUUUUUAAGUUGUUCAGUGUUUAAAUUAUUUAUAAAUAGUCCAGAAGUAUUGGAAAGUGAGAAUAGAAAUAUUUUCAUUUUGGGACCAAUUUAUUUAGUGAGUUUAGGUUAUUUGGGUUCUAUAAUUUGUUAUUUAUUAAAAACUAUCUGUAGAGAUCAAUAAUCACCAUCAUUUACAGCAAUUAAUGUUAGAUGGUAAGUAAUAAUAGGAGCAUUGAUUUCUUUUAUUAUUCUCGUUACAUUUCCAUUUAAUUUUCUUAUAUCUAAAUUUACAUUGAAAGGAAAUAACAGUAAGGAGAUUGAUUUUUCUGGAAAGUCCUCAACUCAUGCAUGCUGGUGUUAUUUGUUAGGAUUGAUUUUUAACAUAAUUCAUAUAAGUUUGUUUGAAUGGUAUACAUCACAUGGAUGUUCUAAAGUUCGUAAUCUAGUAAUUUAUUUAAUUUAAUUAGGGAUUAGCAACAAGUGAUCGAAUUAUGUCAAUGAAUCUUAUUUAUUCUAAUUAUCUAGGAGAUUUGUUUUCUGCAAUACCCAAUGUUUUAAUGUUGUUGUUGAUAACUAUGGUUUAUUCGAUUAAUGGUUUUGCUGGAUUAUUAUUUGCAGCAUCUGGAUACAUAUCAAUAUAUAUCAUUUAUGGUAUAAUAUACUAGAUAGGAUGCAAUUCAUCUGAAUCAUAUAAGUUAACUUGUUUUGUUCAUUUCAAAUCAGAAAUUUAAGGUAGAGUAUUUGCUAUUUAUUGGGAAGCUACAAAUUAUAUGAUCUAUCUUAAAGCUACUAAUGCAGGAACUUUAAUUUUGAUAUCUUUAGGGAUUAUUGGUUCAUAACUUUAUUAAUACUCUGCAUCUUUGGCUUCCCUUUUUACUAAUUUAAAUGGAAUCAUUGGAAUAUUUAUUGGAUUUACAAUUAUGUUUGUUUGCAGAGGAAUCAACAUUUGGGCAAUUAUUAAUAUUGCUAAAACAUAUGUAAUAAUAUUAAUAAUUUAGUUUAUUUGUCAAACUUCUAAUGAUUCGGAAGGAAAAUUAAACUAUUUCUCAGAUAAUCGUAUAAUCGAGUUUACAAAAAUUAAAUAUUCUCAAAGUAUCCUUCAUGUUUUUUACAAUUUUUCAUUUCUCACUUUAACUUUGUUAUUAACAGGCUAUAUAUUUGGUCAAUAAGGUACAAUUGCAUUAAUGAUUGGUUCUUGUAUAAGUUUACUAUUGAUUUAAUAUAAUGCAUUAAUUAAAGGCACAGCCCUUGAAAAUGCUAAGAUUUAUAAUGAAAGUAUUAAUCCAUUAUCAUUCAUAGUUGAAGAUAAUAAAAAACCUUCCCAUUUUAUUAUGUAUGUAUCAGGAAAUACUUAUGCAUGUGCUACUGAAGAAAGUAAUGCAUUACCUUUAGUCCCUUAUAUCAUUUACACCUUUUGUAUACUUGUUUCUUGCUAAAAUUAAUUCACUUCAAAAGAUAAAUGAAUUACAUUACAAUUACCAUAAAC